CAAGUAGCAGGGGCAAAGCAUAGUGAGUUCAGUAGCAGAGAACACAGCUAGCCAUCUAAGUUUACGCGGAACCCAUAUAAAAUUUUACUUGUUUACUUUAAUUUUACCCUACCGAAGCCUUCCUGUAGUUCUGUUUGAGCAAAACAAAGGCAGAAAGGGGUUAAACAAUGACAGAGGAACCAGAUCCCUCAAGUAUAACCGAGGUUGAUCAAUCUACAAUGGAUGGUAAUGAAGGAGACGAUGAGCGCGAUGGAGACGAAAGAACAAGCGAGCAUAGCGGUACAGAAAUGCCCGAGAAGAACUACACAAGCGACCAAGUGACAGCCAAUCAUGACAAGAAAGAAGACUCCAGCGAUAGGUUUGACAAGUCUGGCGUGAAGCCCAUGCCUAUCAGUAAGAAACAUCGGAGGGGUUCUAGACGUUGUCGUAAAAAGAAGUACAAACCUUACACCAAAAUGACGUGGGACGAAAAAAAAGCUCGGCUGGAACUGGACGCGAAAAAGGCUACGAAAAUGCGAGAGCAGUACAUGCACGAGAAAGGAAGACCUGCUGCACCUUAUAACACUACACAAUUUCUAAUGGAUGAACACGAUCAAGAAGAACCCGACCUAGGGGCGCAUUCGCAUAUGCAGUCGGACGGGGAAGACGACACUUCUAAUUCGACCGGUCGGCCGAGGUUACAGUCACAAUCUAUGGACGAUUCUGAUUUAGAAGACUACAAUGAAUCCCCUGAAGACGAGAUAUAUGAGCAGCAGUUUUUCGAGAAAGACUUUACUGAAGCGUAUGAGCAAGUACACGCUGAAAGUUUAUACUCGAUGAACAAAGACGCUCUAGUACGGGAAUGCAUGUGUUUGGAGGAGAGAGUGGAGACGUUGGAAAGACAAAUGCGGGAAAAAGACCGCUGCAAAAAUGGUCUAGUUAGACAAACCUCUCUGGAAGAACUAGCUCUUAAACUGAACAGUGAGAGCAGUAGUGGGAAUUCAGAUGAUAACAGUAGUACGAGAGCGAACGAAGAUGUGCUAUCGAGUCUGCAAUCUGAACUGAAUCGCUUACGGAGUGAGAACGAAAGACUGAGGCUUGAAAAUACAAACCUUACUAAGACUGUACCUACAAAUGUAUAGUAUAGACAGACAUAUAUAAAUUUAACUUAUACAUGAUCCGUGUGUUCUGUUUUCAUACAAAAAGGUAAAACCCGGCAAAUUUCGCGCGACUAUGUUUACAAAAACCCACCCACGUACGAAAGUGCAUAUCUUAUAGAAUAAGUGAAAAAACCUUAAGUUUCUUAAGUAGAAUGAAUAAAAACCGAGUGAUAUUGA